GCGCGUUCACAUGAUAAAACAGGAAGUAGCAUUCAUCCACAGUGUUUUGCUGAAAUAUCCGAUGCCCAGCGGAACAACGAUUGAUAUUUUUUUGUAUUUUGUCCGUAAUUUGGAAAAGAUGGUAACUGAGCGUUGAUAAAGCUGGAGUUAUGAGCAUCCGGGCACUGUGGAUCUUUUCCCUAGAAAAGGGAGACUAUGUGUCUUUACGCUUCUCCAAGAGGUUUUCCACUGUGGAGCACCGGGCCAAGCUGCUGGGGGGAACAGCGUACGUCCCUGUCCCAGAUGAGGACGUGGUGCUGCAGCUCUUGUUGACUGAGCUGGGACUGUCAGACCCAGACAAGUCCUAUGUGUUUCUGCGGGACGACUGCUCGCACUGCCCACGCUCCCUGGCCCUGGAUCUGCGUGUGAGUGGCUGUGAGGAGGACACCCUCUGGCCUGUGCUGGCUGUUUCUCAUGGAUCACUUAUACUGGCAUGUUUGCCUUUAGUAGAUGUCCCUAUAAAACCACGCCCGCCCCUGUCCAGCCUGCUUUCUGUGUCCAAGGGCCUUACACUUUUGUCAGGUCUCCAAAUGUUCCUCAUCAGCUCUGGGGGUAAGCCUGACCCUGAAGGACUGGCCUCUCGUCUGGCUUUUCUGCCCUCUGUGCUGCUGCAGAUCUGCCCCCUGGGAACACCCCUGGAUGUCCCUGUUUUUGGAACACCUGCUGCCUCCACAGGGGUCAUACCUGUGGGGAACCAAAAGCAGCCAUCCUGGAAGACAGGACUGCACCGAGGCAGAGCAGUGGUGAACGUGACCCUGACUGAGGUGGUGCGCUCUAUGCAGUACGGGAACCCCAACAGUCAAGACCUGUGGGAUGUCUAUGGCACUGUCACAUGCAAAUGUGAAGUGGAGGGUGUUCUUCCUAAUGUCACCGUGACCCUGACGCUGCCCCCUAAUGGCUCUCCGCUGCAGGACAUUUUGGUUCAUCCCUGUGUCACGUCUCUAGAUUCCAGUAUCCUCACAGCCACCAGCGUGGACAGUGACAGCACUGCCUUUUCUGGGCCUUACAAGUUCCCCUUCUCCCCUCCUCUAGAACCCUUCAGACUAUGCAGCUAUACUUCCCAGGUCCCGGUGCCACCAAUCCUCGGUUCUUAUCAAUUGAAGAAUGAGGACCAACUGUUGCACAUAUCAGCCACUUUAAAGCUUCAUGAGAGUGUAAAGAACAGCUUUGAAUACUGUGAAGCACACUUGCCCUUUUUUAACAGAGAUCAGAUGAGUGCUGUGGAAGUUAAAGUAAGCCAUGGACAGCUGGACGUCUCUAAGGAAAAGAACCUGCUAGUCUGGAUUAUAGGGCAAAAGUUUCCAAAGUCUCGGGAGGUUUCUCUGGAGGGCAAAAUCAGCUUUGGUGGGCCGGUGCCAGGACCCACAGAGCCUUUGUGUAGUGGACUGACUGCUUAUAUUAAGUUGUAUUUCAAAGUGCCUGAUCUGACGUUGUCGGGGUGCAGUGUGGACCAGCAUUCAGUCCAGGUUUACUCCACUGCCAAACCCAGAAUCUUCACCUCUCGAGAACUUCAAUCAAACGAGUAUUUCAUCUGGAACUCCACAGGCAAGGCUCCCGUCUCCUCUGGACAAAUGAUACUGUAACUUUACCUAGCAACCAAGACUGUAAACAAAGGCCAAAGCGUACGUAAUUUACACAAGAGUUAUUAUUUGAUGAAUAAAAUAUAUAUGGCACCUUUAUUUUCUUAAUUUAAUAUUUGAAAAUUGUAUAUCAUUUACAGAGGCAUUCCUUUUAUUUGUCAGUGUUAAGUAAAAGUGUUAUUUGUUAACUUUUCUUCACAGACAUUUGACUGAAGUAAAGCUAUGAUAAAUAUUUACUACAACUGCUAUUCCACCAAACAAAGCAGCAUACUUUUACUUCUAUUUGAGUAUUUUUUUAUUGAUGUUACAGUACUACAGUACUUUAGUGAAAGUUUUGGUCACGACCACUGUUCCCUCUAAGCUGCGCGCGUGCGCAAUUGCGCACUGGUGACACGGUCUCCGCGCACAGAAAAUCUGUGCUGCGCACAAAUAAAUCGAACCGGAGUUGAAAGUAAAAUAAACACACAACAAUUCAUUCUGCGCUAUUUUUCAAUAUGAGUCAAUGAGUGUGACCGGUGACGAGCUGCUCCAGCCAAUUAUGUGAUUCACAGACGUAUUUGAGCAGCUUAUCAACGUCAUUGACAGGCGUCCUCAUGGCCGCUACCAGAGUUUUAGCUGAUAUGACCGAUGUGGAGUGAAGACUCGCUAAUGAUUCUAAGUGUUUAACCCCUUAACGUUCCGACGGCCCGCCCUCGGGCAAAGAUCCGCGCGUAAAAUUACGCGCGCGUAAUUGCGUAAUUUUACGUACUGUUUUGCAGCAGUUUUGCGUAUUAAACAUGACGAAACGGACAAAACAAAGGAAGUACGCGACCGAGGACACUGUGGAUGUUUGUAUAAGUUAAACUAGAGGCAUCUCGGACCCGGAGCGGUUCGUGGAACCGAGUGAAGAUCUCAUGGUGGACUGAGGAGCAGAGGACCUUAUGAUUUGAUGGACUGGAUGCUGUUCCUGAUCGGUAAGCGUGGUUUAUUCUGCUAUUAACUUAAUUGUGGGUCAAAUGUGUAUUAUUUAUAAUUAUUAGCAUUAGCUAAUGCCAAUCUGCACCACCACCAAUCAUUCACGCACACACCACUUGGGUGAAGUGUCUUGCCUAAAGACACAAUGACAGAAGUUGGUCCGGGCGGGACUCGAUCCUCCAACCUCAGAAUGUCACAGAAUGACUGUCACACUGUCACAUAUACAGUGUAUUUUUUGUUUCCAGUGUGUGUUUGUUCACUGUUUGCAGUGUGUGGUUUGUAAAUAUAUUUAUUUUGACCCAUACCACUUGUUUUGAAUAUAUUUUAUAUACAAAUAUACAUUUUAUAUUGUGUUUUGAUAUGAUAUGUAAAUGUGCAGUAAUAGAGCAGCUGGGUGUGCAGAUACAGAUUCCUCUCAGUGUGUAUUGGUCAUUGAAUACUGGCACUAGUUUAUGAGUUGUAAAAAUCAAAUGAUCAUGUCAUAUACUGAAAAAGAGUUAACGGACUGACUCCCAGACCACAGUAGGACAAUCUCACUCAGUCACAGCAAAAGCUUCACACAACGGCUUAUACUCAUAAUACAAGUCAGAGCUUUAUAAUAAAAAUGUUAAGUGUGUUUUCAACAUUGGAGUUUACAGUUGGCUUGGGUUGGAUGGAAGCUCAUGUUUUGCCAUAGUUAAAAUAAAAUAUUUAUACUUCCAAUAGUAUUAACAUACUACACAUACAAUGAAAAUGACAAAAAUCUUGCUCAUGACCUAAGUGGCUAAAGCACUUAAUUAAAAGUCUUAUAACAGAAAUGUAAAUGUGGUAAUUUGAUUCUUUUAAUAAACCAUUUAACUUGGAUGGAUGCGAUGCAGCAUGACCACAGUGCGCACGUCUGAUGUCGCUCACAGUGGGAGCACUCAGGGAGUUUGUGUGUUUGCUCAGACUCCUGAAAAAUUAGAGGGAACAUUGGUCACGACAAAAAGCUUUAUGUUGUUGAUAUGAAAUGCAACUUGAACAUGGGUGUUUCCUGGACUGCACCUUCAAAUAUAAUUAGUUUUUCUCAUUUUUGUGUAUUAUUUAAUGUUGUGUUUUUUUAAUUACAUUAACUUCAAAUUAUAAAUCAAAUGUUACAACUCUUUAAGUUACUCCUACUAGACUAGAUGUUUUCCUUAAAUAAUUUUUUACUCU